UCCGGCUUACACCAACUGAUCGUCAAGUGUUUGGGUUAGUAAAUGCUGACAGUCUUUAUGUUCAUCCAGCCUGAGUGACAGUAUAACACCAAGCAUAUAGCUCAUCUCUGGACAACAUUUUGAGAUGUUUAGGAGAACAAUGCAGAAGUUUGCUUGGUAACAAUUGAUAUUCUACAGUGAUGAAGACUCGAGUCAUUUUAUUAUCAUGUAAAUCUCGACAAACAACAUUGGUAUUGUAAUCAAACAUUUCUGAGAUUAGCGUCAGCAAAACAAUAGAGUAACGUUUGUGCUCAAGUACCUUAAAUUAUAUUGAUUGAGUCUUCUUUCGAUUAAACAAACCUUAAUUAUUGUCCGUCAGUCUUGCUUCAGUACUCAACAAAGUACGCAGGCUUCGAGCGAGACAUUUGUGUUAUCGAGAGUUUGGAGGACAAGCCAUGGGGAAGAAAGAGCUAGAAAAAACAAUAACAAUUUUAAAGGAGGAGCUGAACAGACUCCACCAAGAUCUUCUUCAAGUAAGAAGUGAACUGAAACUAGAAAAGACAAAAAGCAURGACCUAAGUCUUGCGUUUAGUAAUGCAGAACGAGAUAUUUUCUUGUUGCAAGAGCAAUACGACAAUGAAAUCAAGGAAAUUAGCUCCAAGUUGUUAUCGUUAGAGAGCAGUUUUCUAAAGGAGCAGAAGCAAAUUCAAGAAAUCUUGGAAUCCAAAGACCGAGUAAUAGAUGAUUUAGAAGAACAGCUCAAUGCUCGCGAUAGUGUUCUAGAGCAACAAAACCAUGAAUUUAAUGAAAUGAAGCAUCAGUUUGAAAAGGAACUGAAAGCCAGAGACAAACGUAUAGCAUCGCAAUGGAGAGAGCUAGAAAGUUUUAAAAACGCAAAUACCAAAUUUAUAGGAGCAUUAUCGCAACUGAGGUCUUCUUCAAUUAUGACUCGAAGUGCUUCGAGCAUUUCAGGCUGUAAUACUCAAGUCGGCACUGGUACUCAAAGAAGAGCCCUAUCACCUAACACAGCUAGAAGGAAAUUCCGCGAAAGUUCCGAGUGGAAGGAAGAACUGUCAGCAUUCUUUUAGGAAGAGGAYUAAAUUAGUAGGUGUAUAUUAAUGAGAAUAUCGAUGUAGCUCUUAUGUGAGAAAGGUGAAAAAGUUGUUAUCAGUUAAGACCAUUUAGAUCUGCUGAAAUAAAUUUAAGAAUGAAUAUUUUAAUAUAUGAUUAAAAACUGUUGGAAUUUCUAGAAUUUUGGUAAAAAAAUGCGUUCACCGUGUGAAGUUCAUAUUGAUAGUAAUAAAAGCAAAUUUUGAA